CGAUAAACCUACCACUCCUUCGUCACAUCACGUUAACACGACGUGUUGGGCAAUGUCGGCCGUUCAGCAUCAUGUCUCGAUACGAGGAGGUUAGGCCUGCAAGUGCUGCACAGCCCGUUACUUCUGGAUGGAAACUGCCUGAGCCGGAGGAGCCCCCAGAAACUCCCACUGUGUCUCCCGAGGACGGUGGCGCGCCAGCUCCGGCGGAGAUCUAUCCGAGAAUCAAAGGCGGUGGCUAUUACAUUCGGAAUGCUGUUCCUGAUGAAGCUAAGCUCAUGACGGCAGCAACGCCGGCCCCGCAUAGUAUGCCGGAAAAGCCGAAGUUUUUGAAGGUAGCUCUCAUUGGAGCUCCAAACGCGGGGAAGUCAUCACUUAUGAAUUGCAUGUUGAACCAGAGUCUGGCGGCGGUGAGUCCAAAGGUUAACACUACUCGAGAAGAGAUCAGAGGAGUAGUCACUGACGGAGACCAUCAGAUUGUUGUAAUCGAUGCCCCUGGUGUCAUACCGGCAAACCAGACGAAGAGCUGCCGUGCUUUAGCACGAGACGCGUGGACUGGGUAUAAUGACUGCGAUCUUGUUCUCCUAGUGGUUGAUACACUACGAAGACCCGAUAUGGAUUUGGUCGAUCUGAUUCGGCGAAUCGCCCCUAAGCCUGAUCUUAGUACUGAGUAUCACGAGCGCCGGAAUCCUGAUUUGAAACAGAGUGCAGCGGUAGAUGAGGAAAGGGAAUCAGACAAGAGGCCACCAGUUGUGCUCUGUCUGAAUAAAAUUGACAAGUCCCAGCGGCUGUGGGUCCAGAAACGAGCGGAUCAACUGAAAGAGCACGGAGCUUUCAAACAAAUCUUCUUCAUAUCUGCGAAAAAAGAUCGGGGCGUGAAGGCCUUGUUGCACUUCCUGAAGACCAGAUCCAAGGAGCAUAUUUGGCCCUUCCCGCCUGAUGUGAAAACGACACUCCCCAUGGUAGAGCAGGUUGAGCAACUUGUUCGCACAUACAUUUUCUGCUGGUUCAAUAAGGAUUUACCGUACAAGGUCGAACAACAGACAGUUGGUUGGACACCUCGUCUUGAUGGCGGCCUCACUAUCGAACACGAGUUGAAGGUGCAGGAUAGUAUUGUACUACGGAUGAUAUGCGGUACUCGUAAUCGCAUAAUUCGGCGGCUGCGGCAGAAUGUUGCCUAUAAGCUUGAACAGGCUUGGGGUAUCAAGCCGAUCCAGUUGGUCAUUUGGGUUAAGGCCAAAGUAGUUCGAAGGUCGAAAAGAGACAUUCAAGAAUACCGAGCGCAAUUCUUCGAAGCCAAAGCCACCGCCAAGGGAAAUCCGAAAGCCACUGUCACACAUUGAUACUCCUAACGUAGCAUGCCCUCCUCGUUUCGCUCCUCAACUA